AUGCACUUUGUUGUGACGAUUGUUGCUGUCGGUAUCCCCUGGUAUAUUCCGAAAUUAACACUUGUAUUAGGGUCACAAGAGUGGUUCAAAAAACGAGUCCAAUCGCCAGAAUCAUCCCUAUUUGCUUUUGUGAUAAUACCCUUCCUUUCCCCAGAUAUCAGGGUCAAGGGGAAACCAAAGAAGAAUUUCGAAACCCGAAAUGUCCCCGUCAAAGCUCCCAGGUUCAUGCCCUCGCCGACACCGAUGAGGGAGCGUACGCCAGUCUCACGUCUGUCAUUGCAGUCCAUCAGUUGCAAAAAUGAUGAACGGAAGAAAAGUUUGUCUUUCCCUUCUGAGUAUUCUCAUAGGCACAAGUGUUUCCAUUUCAGGCAAGAUUUGCAUGCCCAUUCAUCCGUUAUAUUGUUGUUGAUCCUGUAA